AGGAAAUAAGUUAGUAAUGGAGCUAGAAUUGGGAUUGAAGGUCACAAGAACAAGAGAAGAUGUAUCAUCCUCAGUUGAUUUUCGCUUCUCCAAAGACCCAUUUGGUCCUCUGGUGCUUUCUCAAGAAACAGAUUCAAGAUUCAUCAUCAUCAUCCAUCUUAAAGGAUUCAAGAAGGAAGGUAUUGAGAUUGAGAUAAAUAAAGAGGGAGAUAGGAUUACAAUAAGAGGAAGGAAACCUGUUGAAGAAAUGGUUAUGAUUAGAUGGAUGGCAUGGAGGAACGAAGUUGAAAUGAGAGCCUUCAGGAAAAAAUUUCUGAUUCCAGAUGUUGUUGAUUUAGACAAGAUUAAAGCUAGGUUUGACGAUGAUGAUGCCACUCUUACGAUCACAAUGCCUAAAAGAGUAAAAGGAAUCUCUGGAUUUAACCUUGAGCAAGCGGAGGAGGAAGUUGAAGAAGAGAGUGUGGGCUUUGGAGAUGUGAGUGAAGUUGAGAAUAGAGAAGAAGUUGAAGAGGAGACUGAAGAAAGAGAAGAGUCUGAUGAACACUCUGAGAUUCAAGGAGAAGAAGGGUUUGGUGAGAUGGUGGAAGAUAAAGAAAGAGAGAGUCAAGUUAAUGAAGGUGAAGAGGAGGGUUUCAGUGGAGGUGUGGAUGAAACUCAAAUUGAAGAUGAUGACGUAGAAGAGAUUCAACAGAUUGGUCAACAAGAGUUGGCCGAUUCAGACACAGAGAGUGAGGAUAAUGUCUUAAAACAGCUUCCAGACAUUAAGGAGCAAGAAGAUAACCAAGAAGUAAUGGAGAAGAAAGUUUUAGAAGAGAUUAAAAAUGAGGAGAUUGGAUCUGGAGCAACUGAAGAGAUUGAAGAACAAGAAUCUGAUGAGGAUAGUGGCUUAAAAGAGAUUCCAGACAUGAUAGAACAAGAAGAUAACCAAGAAGUAAUGGAGCAGAAAGUUUUAGAAGACACUAAAAGUGGUGACAUUAGAUCUGAAGCAGUUGAAGAGAUUGAACAAGAACCUGAUGGGAACAGUGGCUCAGACACAAAGAGUAAGGACAGUGGCUUAGAAAAGCUUCCAGACAUAAUAGAACAAGAAGAUAACGAAGAAGUAAUGGAGCACAAAGUAUCAGAAGAGACUAAAAGUGAGGACAAUGGAUCUGGAGCAGUUAAAGAGAUUCAAGAACGAGAAUCUCAUGAGGACAGUGCCUUAAAAAAGCUUCCAGAGAUUAUAGAACAAGAAAAUAACCAAGAAGUAAUGGAGCAGAAAGUUUCAGAAGAGACUAAAAGUGAGGACAAUGGAUCUGGAGCAGUUAAAGAGAUUCAAGAACAAGAAUCUCAUGAGGACAGUGGCUUAAAAGAGCUUCAAGACAUUAUAGGACAAAAAGACAACCGAGAACGAAGGGAACAUAAGGUUUCAGAAGGGACUAAAAGUGAUGGCAUUGUAUUUGGAGCAGUUAAAGAGAUUGAAGAACAGGAGUCUGAUGAGGUAGGUGGAACAAGUAAAAGUAGAGUAAUGGAAAAGAAAAAGACUGAUGAUGAUGAUGGCUUGAGGAAGGCUCAAGGGAUUGAUGAAUCAUUGAGACGCAAUGAAGAAAGCAAGAUUCAAGAAAUGGUUGAAGAAGAAACAGUUGGUCAAGAGAAGGAUGACAACUUAGAAAAGAGUCAACAGACUGAUGAAGAAGAAAGAGUUGGUCAACGUGAGUUUGCUGAUUCAAACACAGAGAGUGGAGACAGCAGCAGCUUAAGAAAGCUUCCAGACAUUAACCAAGACGUGAUGGAGCAGAAAGAUUCACAAGCAGAGACUAAAAGUGAUGAUUUUGGAUCUAGAGCAUCUAAAGAGAUUGAAAAACAAGAACCUCAUGAGCAGCUAGAUGGAACAAGUAAAAGUAGAGCAACGUCUGAUGAUGAUGGCUCGAACAAGGUUCAAGGGAAUGAAGAACCAGAGAGAUGCAAUGAAGAAAGCAAUAUCCAAGAAAUGGUGAGAGGGGAUCCUAAAGAAGACGUUGAUGCGGAGAUGGGUGAAGGAUUCACACCAAACAUUGAGAGAACACCAGUAGUUGCAGAAACUGAGGCAAAAGCUGGGGAACUUGAAUCUAAAAAAACAGUAGCAGAAAAUGUAGAGAAGAAACAUGAUGAAUUGGUUGAGAAGAAAGAAGAGAAAGAUAGAAGAAGCUUCAUAAAGCUUCAGGAGAAUGAAGAACAACAUUCUUCUGUAACGAAUGAUGUUCCGAAACCAGUUCAGGAGACUGAAGCACCAGAGAUGGACACUUUAGUUAAAACAAAUGAUGAAGAAGAAGAGAAGAAGAAAAGUGUGGAGAUGGAGAAAAAAAACAUUGGGGAAGGAUUUGCACCAAACAUUGCAGAAACUGAGAAAAAACCUGAAGAUUUUGAAUCUGAAAAACAAGGAGCAGGUGAUGUAGACAAGAUACAUAAACUGGAAGAAAAGAAAAAAGAGGAAGAUGCUAAUGUGAGAGCAAAAGGUGAAGACAGAAGAAGCUUAGUAAAGCUUCAAGAGAAUAAAGAAGAACAUUCUAAGGGAAGAAAGCGACAAAAUAAACAAGAAAAUAUCAAAGGAUUGUUGGAAGAGAAAGCACCAGAGGCAGAUACAAAAAUAGUGAAUGAUAUUCCAAAACCAGUUAAAGAGAUUGAAGUACCAGAGGUGGGUACGUUAGGGGAAACAGGUGAUGAAGGAAAAGAGAAGAAAAAGAUUGUAGAAACUGAGACAAAACCUGAGGAUUUUGAAUCUGAUAAACUAGAAGCAGAAGAGGUAGACAAGAUAGAUGAAGUGGUUGAGCAGAAGAAAGAGGAGGAAGAUGCAAAAAAUGAUGAGGCUGGGCCACAAAGUAGCUCAAUAAAGCCUGAGGGAGUUGGAGAACAACUAUCUCAGGGACAAAAGCGACACGAAAAGACCAAAGAAUUGGUGGAAGAGAAAACUCCAGAGGCAGAGACAACUGUAGAGAAUGAUACUCCCAAACGAGUUCAGGAGGAAACAAAUGAUACAGACUCAAGAAAGCCACAAGAGAAUAUUAGACAACAGGAGUUGGAUGAAUGUGAAAGAUGCGAGAAAGAAAGCAAGAAACAAGAAUUGACGAAAAUCAACACAAAUGAUGAAGAGAAAGACACUGAAGAAACAAUAACAAUGGAGCAAGAUUCAUAUAGGCCAAAUGUAGUUGGAAAAGAAAAAGAGGUUCAAGAACUAGCUGAAGAGAAGCCGCAUUUUUCCAAAAAUAGAAAACUCAAGGAGGAAGAAAAAGUUCCAGAGAAGAAAACAGAACUUGGUGAUGAUGAUGAUGAUGAUGAUGAUGAUGAUGAUGAUGAUGAUGAUAUCUCAAGAAAAGGUGGAGAUUCAGAAGAAAAAGAAGAGGUUGAUUCUGAAAUGGGCAAAGGAUUUGCACCAAACAUUGCAGAAACUGUGAAAAAACCUGAGGAUUUUGAGUUUGAGAAACUAGGAGCAGAUGAGGUUGAGAAGAUACAAAAAUUGGUGGAGAACAAAGAAGAGGAAGAUGAUAAUGUGAGAGCAAAAGAUGAAGACAGAAGAAGCUUGAUAAAGAUGCAAGAGGAUGAAGAACCACAUUCUAAGGCAAGAAAGCGACAAGACAUACAAGAAAAUAUCAAACAGUUGGUGGAAGAGAAAGCUCCAGAGGCAGAGACAGAUAUAUCAAAUGAUACUUUGAAACCAGUUCAAGAGAUUAAAGAAGAGGUGAGUACGUUAGGAGAAGCAGGUGAUGAAAUAAAAGAAGGAAAGGAGAAGAAGAAAAGUGAAAGUGAAAGUUUGGAGGUAACAAAUAGGGAUGCCAAAAAAGAGACUGAUGUGAAAAUGGGAGUACCAAACAUUGCAGAAACUGAGACAAAACCUGAGGAGUUUGAAUCUGAUCAACUAAAAGCAGACAAGAUACAUGAACCGGUUGAGAAGAAGAAAGAGGAGGAAAAAAGUGAAGGCAUUAUUAGCUUAAUAAAGACUGAUGAAGUUGAAGAACAGCAGUCUCAGGGACAAAAGCAAGAGGGUGAACACGAAAUGAUUGAGGAAUUGGUGGAAGAGAAAACUCCAGAAGCAGAAACAAAUAUAUCAAAUGAUACUUUGAAACCAGUUGAGGAGAGAGGUGAGGGAAAACAAAAGAUCCCAAAACUUUUCCAAGAGGAGGAAACAAAGAAGCAGCCAGAAGAGCACAAAGAGAAAAGGGUGGAGACGGGGGGAAAGAUUGAUGAUGCUGUCUCAAGAGAAGUUGAAGAGAUUAUAAGACAACAAGACCUGGAUAGAUGCGAGAAAGAAAGCAAGACCCAAGAAGUGGUGAAAAGCAAAACAAAUGAUGAAGAGAAAGGAGCUGGAGAAACAGAAAUAAAGGAGCAAGAGUCCUAUGGACCCAAAAUACUUUGGGAUGAAGAAAUUGCAGAGAAGAAAACGGAGUUUGAUGAUCACCAAAGUUCAAGAAGAGAUUCAGAUUCCAAAGAAGAGGUUGAUGUGGAAAUAGGCAAAAGAUUCAAACAAAACAUUGCAGAGACUGAGACAAAAGCUGAGGAGUUUGAAUCUCAUAAACCGGAACCAGAUGAGGUAAAUGAGAAUGAUGAUAUACAUGAAGUGGCUGAGAAGAAAGAAGAGGACAAUGAUAAGGUGAGAAGACAAGACGAAGACGAAGACAGGAGCUUACUAAAGCUUCAAGAGAAUGAAAAACAACAUUCAAAGAGACAAAACCGACAAGAGACAAAUAUUCCAACACCAGUUCAGGAAACAGGUAAUGAAGGAAAAGAGAAGAAGAAAAGUGUUACAAUGGAAAUAAAAAAUGGGUAUCCCAAAGAAGAGGUUGAUGCGGAAAUGGGCAAAGGAUUCACACCAAACGCUGCAGAAACUGAAACAAAACCUGAGGAGUUUGAAUCUGAUGAGGUAGAUGAAGUGGUUGCAAAGAAAGAAGAAGAGGACAAUGCUAAGAUGAGGAGAAGACAAAUUGAAGGCAGUAACUUAAAUAAAAAGUUUCAAGAGACUAAAGAACAACAACAACAGGAGAAGAUCAAAGAGUUAGUGGAAGAGAAAACUCCAGCGGCAGCAGAGACAAAUGUAGCGAUUCAUAUUCCGAAACCAACUCAAGAGAUUGAAGAACCAGAGGUUGGUACAUGUGAGGAGGAAACAAAGGAUCAAGAAUUGUAUAGACCAAAAGUAUUUGGCGAUGAUGAUGAUCAUCAUGUAUCAAGAAAAGUUGGAGAUAGUGGACAAAGAGAUUCAGGUGCCAAAGAAGAGGUUGAUCCUGAAAUGGGCACACCAAACAUUUCAGAAACUGAGACAAAAGCAGUUGAGGAAGAUGACAUGAUACAUGAACUAGUUGAGAAGAAGAAGAAGAAGAAGAAGGUGAGAAGACAAAGUGAAGACAGUAGGCUCCAAGAAGAAAAGAUCAAAGAAUUGUUGGAAGAGGCAGAGACUGAAAAACCAAAGGUGGAGGAGAGGUUAGAGACAUGUGAGGAAAAUAUAUUUUCAGAGGCAGAAACAAAGGAUCAAGAGUCUUACAGACCCAAAAUACUCCAAUGUGAAGACAAAAUCCAAGAACUAGCUGAAGAGAAGAUGGACUUUUCAAGAAAAGUCGAGGAGGAAGAAGAAACUGCAGAGAAGAAAACAGAACAAGACAUUGAUGCAAUGAAAAGAAAAGAAGAGACUCAAGAACAAGUACUGGAAGAAAAAGUAAGUGAUAGUGGCAAUAAAACCGUUGCAGAGGCAAUGCAUGAAGAAGAUGAACCUGGAAACCAAUUCCAGGAACUUAUAGAAGGAGAAAAAACAAGUUGUCAAGGAGAAGUUAAAGGUGUAGAGAGCGAGAAGAAUACAAGAGAGGUAGACAAAAGAUUUAGAGAAGCUCAAGAGGUUGAAAGAACAGACUCAGAUGAUGUAUCUGGAAUAUAUGGUAAAGGAGAACUCCAGGAAGAAGAUGAUAGACUUCAAAGAGGGACAAGUAAGAUAGAACAAGAAUUGGUUAAUCUGAACAGUCAAAUGGAGCAAGAACUUGAGGAUGAGAACAUCAAUAGUAGUUGCAAAGAUGAAGAAUCAGAGAUCAAAACUGAUGAUGUCAUAAGAAAGGUUCAAGGUGUUAAAGAAUAUGAGUUGUCUGAACCAAAAAGGAACCAUGGUAGCAAGAUUAAAGAAAUGAUACAAGAGAAAAUAGGAGAGGUAGAGAAAGAAGAUGAAGUACAGGAGUCACAUGAACCUAAUAUACGCAAGGAACGACGCUGUAAGACAAAAAUAACUGGGACAGAGGAGCCAAGUGGUCAAGCAAGAGAGGAAGAGGAGAAGGAGAAAUUUGUAGAGUCUAGGACAAUAACAGAGAUUAAGGACCAACGACCUGACAAGCCAGAGAGUCAUGAGAAACGAUACAAGAUUCAAGAAAUGGUGGAAGCUGGACAUAAUGAAGAGCAAAAGGAUACUGUCAAGGCAAAGCAGACCUCAAAAGGGGUUCAGGAGAUAGAACAGCAGGAAUCUGAUGGAUUAAGUAGUUCUGUAGUACAAGAAGACAAGAAGCAAGAAACAGCGGAGAAGAGGACAAAAACUGAAGAUGCUAGCUUGAGAAAAGUCCAAGAUGAUGAAGAUCCAGAAAUGAGUAAGUCUUAUAAGAAGAUACAGGAACCAGUGGAAAUGGGAACAAGUGAAUAUAAAGAAGAAGUCAAGAAACAAGAUGGGGAUGAUACUUUAAGAAUCCAAGAGCCUCCUGACAAACCAAAUUUAGAUGAACUUGAGAGACACAGUGAGCAAGGAGACAAGAUUCAUGAACCAGUAGAAAUGAGAACACAUGAUGAUUACAGAGAGAAAUUCAAGAAACAAGAUGGUGAUGUGGACGAAGAAAAAGUGGAAGAUGACAGUUCGGACAAGUUUCAUGAGUUUGAAGAACAAAAAUCACAUGAACCUGAGAGGCAGGAGAAGAGAAAACAUUUCAGUAAAGAGGAAGCAACUGAUCCUAAAGAAUCAGAGGAACAUGAGAAACCUAAAGUAGUGGAAGAGAAAGAGACUCUGGAGAGGAAGAAGACAAGAAGUAGAGAUGUUCAGGAUGAUGCAGAGCCAGAAUUGCUUAAACCUUACAAGCCACAAGAAGAAGACAAGAAGAAGGUCCAUAAAUUAGUGGAGAAGGGAACAAGUGAUUACAGAGAAAAAGUUAAGAAACAAGAUGGUAAUGAUACUUCAAUAAGCAAAAAGCAAAGAAGUACUCCUCAAUAUGUGGAUGAAGAAAAAUUGGAGAGCAUUGCUGAUCCAGGAGAAAAAAUGGAAGAUGAUAAUUCAAGAAAGUUUCAUGAGCUUGAAGAACCAAAAACAGAUGAUGGUUGGACACGAGUGGAGCAAGAAAAGAUGAAAGAUUUAGUAAAAGAGGAAGCAACUGGUCCCAAAGAUAAAUGCACUGCUGAAGCAGGCCAUAGUGACCACAAAGAAGAACAGCAUGAAGAUACUGCCAAGACAGAACUGAAAGCUGAGGAAGAUACCUCAGAAAAGGUUCAAGAGAUUGAAAAGCAUAAGUCUGAUGAAUUACAGAGAUCUUUGGGACAAGACAAGAUGCAAGAAAUAGAGGAAAAGGAAAAAACUAAAGCAAUGGAGGAGAAUGAGACUGUGGAGAGAAGGAAAAUAACUGAAGUUGGAGACAAGACCCAGGAACUAGUGGAAAUGGAUACAAAUGAUUACAGAGAAAAGGGAAAGACACAAGAUGGAGAUGAUAUCUUAAGAAGCCAAGAAACUGAGAAACUGUUUAUAGUUGAAGAAGAAGCAACUGGCCCCAGAGAUAAACACACAGGAGGGAAAGAAGAAGAAAGAGAUGAGGAAGUUGCACAGACUGAGACAAAAGUUGAGGACGAGACCAACAAAGAGGUAGAAGAGAACCAAAAAGAAGAAGAAGAAGAAGAAGAUGAAGGUUCCUUAGAUGAUCCUAUGAUAAAUAUUCAAGAAAUUGAAAAAGAAGACUCACAUGACACAGAGAUUCAAGAGAAGCUAGACAUAGUCCAGGAGGACUUUGUGGAAGAGGAAACAGUGGAUCAAGAAGAUGAAGUGGCAAUGGAAGCUGUAGAGGCAAAUUAUGAUGAAGAUAGUUCAAGAAUUUUGCAAACUAUAAAAGAACAUGAAGAACACAAGGAACAAAGAAAUGGUCCUGGAGUGGAAGGAGAAGAUGAAGAAAGAAUUGUCGAGAAAGAAGCAUAUGAGGAAGCACUUGAUCUCAAACACACCGGUGGAGAAAGAUACAAUGACCAUAAAGAAGAAGAAAAGUUUAUUCCCAAGGCAGAAGUGAAAGCUGAGGAAGAUAGCUCAGAAGAGGAGUUUGAUGAGUUGCAGAGAUCUUUGGUACAGGACAAGAUGCAAGAAACAGAAGAAAAAGGAAAGCCUAGAUCAACGGAGGAGAAUGAGACUGUGGAGGGAAGGACAAAAACUGAAGAUGAUGGUAGCUUGAGGAAGGUUCAAGAAGGGGAAGAUCCAGAGUUGAGUAAACAUAAGAGACAUGAGGAAGAACUCAAGAAAGAAGAUGAGGAGAGAAAGAUUCAUCAAUCAGUGGAAGAUGUAAAAGGAGAAGACAAAACAUUGGAUCAAGAAGAUGAUAGGGUAGGGGAAGCUGAAGCUGUAGUGGCAAACAAUGAGAAAGAUAGUUCAAGAAAAUUGCACACCACCACUGGAGGAGAAGAACUAAAACAACAAGAAGAGAUCCCUGAUCCUAGAGUGAAAGAAGGAGAUGGCGAAAGAGUUGCCGAGAAAGAGACAAAAAUGGAAAAGGUUCAUGUCCAAGAACCUGAAGUAAAAACAGAGAAUGGAGAAUCAAGGAGAGGACAAAAAGGCAAACAAGAGAAGAAUGAUGAGACAAGAAGUGACGAUGGUAUUGUGAGAAAGGUUGGAGAGACUAAAGUGCAAGAAUCAGAUGAAAAGAAAGAUCAAGAACCGGAAGAAAAGAUUGAAGAACCAGAGAGGAAAGAAGCGAGUAAUGAUGGAGUUAAGCUGGUGACUGAAGAGGAUAGCCUUACAAAAGGCCAAGAGUUUAUGGAAAAGGAUUCAUCAAAGAGAAGACCAGUGAGACAAGAAAACAUCCAACAAGAUGCAGAAAAACAAGAAGAUGAGGGAAAAUCAGAUGCAGGAGUGGAGAUGCAAGCUAAGAUUAAAGAAUCAAAGGGUAUAGAGGGAAGUGAGAAAGUUGCAGGAGUGGAGAUGCAAGCUAAUACUGGCAUCAUAAUGAAGGAACAAGAAACUAAAAGACAAGAACCAUAUGAGUUGCUAGAAAAUGAAGAGCAUGACAAGAUUCCAGAACCGAUUGUUGAAGGAAGAGAGCAUCAAAGAAUGGAGGAAAAGAAAGUGGAGGAUAGAGAAGCUGAAGAGAUGAAGAGAAAUUCUGAGGAUGUUAGUUCAAGAAAGGUUCAGAAGAUUAAAGCACAAGAAACAGAUGGAUUAGAAAAACACAGGGAACUAAGUGGGUUCCAAGAAAAUGAAUCAGUUGAUGAAGAAGAAGUGAAUGAAGCAGGAGGAUAUAGGGAGGUGCUGAAGACAAAGUGUAUGGAAGAUUCAAGCCAGACUCAAGAUGUUGAAGAAAGUGGACCAGAUCAUACAGAACAAGAAAACAUCCAAGAGAUAAUGGCCGAGGAGGAAGAAGAAAAGAAGAAUGAGAAGGAGAAGAGAAUGCCGCAUGUGGAUUCAAAAGCUAACGAUGAUAGCUCAGAGAAGAAUGAGACCGAGAGAUUGAGAGGUAAAAAGCAAAAGGAAGACCAUCAAGAAGUGGUGGAAACAGAAACAAGUGAUCAGAUGAAAGAAGAAAGGGAAGAGAAGAUUGUUGGUAAAGCAGUGACAAGAGAUGAAUGUGAUAACUCAAGGAAGAAUCAUGAGAAUGAAGAAGAACAGUCAGAUAAACUAGAAAGACAUAGGAAAGAAGAGAUGAGUGGAUUACUUGCAAAAGAAGAAAACAGAGGAAACAGAGCAGGUGCAAAGACAACAAUCAAGGAUGACAAGAAGCAGUUGCUUGUGGAAAUUGACACAAGUGGUAAAGCAAAAGAGACUAAGAGUAGAGAUCACAUCUCAAGAGAAAAUCAAAAACAAGACUCUCAUGAACAAAACAGAAACUCUGAGGAACAUGACAAGAAGAACAUGGAACCAAACUAUUACAGAAGUGAAGAGGAUGGUAAGGAAGAGAAAAAAACUGCAGAAGCAGAGGGUACAAGAAAGAAUAAGGGGAUUGAAGAACGAGAAUCAGCUAAAAUGGUGGAAAGACAUGAUAACCAAGAUAACAUAACUGAUUUGGUGGAAGAGAAAAUGAACAAUCAAGAAGGAGAAGACAAGAAGAGUAUGUCUAUGAAGGUCUUGGAAAAAUCUGAAGACCAUGAAUCAACAGAAACUGAAGGGCUGAGGAAACAAGACAAGGAUAGGGAACAAGUGCAACAAAGAUCAACAGAUAACCUUAAAUAUGAAGAAACCAUAGAGACAGUCAAGGAUAAGGAAUCAAGAAAGACUCAUCAGCUCAAAGAAGAGAGACUUAAGGAAAAAGAGAACAGGGAAACUGAAUGUGAAGAUGGUAGCUCAAAAAGGAUUCAAGAGAUAGACAAAGAUGGAUCAACAGAACCAAGAAGAGUUGAGGAAAGAGACAAGAUCCAACCAGUGGAUAGAGAAACAAGUGAAGAUGAAGAAGAAGAAGAGUUAGAAGUUGAAGUUGAAGACUCAGAAGAAGAUUGGGAAGCUGAAGUGAUUCAAGAGAUGGAUUCAGAUGAAGAUAAUGACAAACUUAGAAAAAUAAGAAGAAUCAAACUAGGAAUUAGGUUAGUUGGAGGAUCAACAUUGUUUAUGUCACUAAUAGUCAUAGUUUUUCGUUUGAUUCGUUCCAAGAGAAAAAUAAGAAGCUACAAGUUCUAACUUCUAACCAAAGAACAAUAUCAUCUUUUUAUUAUUCGAGUUUUUUACUUGAUAUGAAAUCAAGAUCCACACAA